AUGUCCGACGACGUAGACGGCGCGUACGACAACACUCACCGCGCCUUCCUCCAAGCCCUCCUCUCACGACAAGUCAUCACCUUCAACGAAGCAAAACCGUUACUCGCAGCCAUUCAAACUGCCAACGAACCAGAACGACCGACUCUCCAGGAAGACAUCUCACACGAAGACUUUGACAACUACGUCUACACGCUCAACUCAGCCAUCUCGCCCUUCGAUUUUGAGAUCAGAAGCACGCUCCAUCAGACCACGAAGCAGAAAAUCUAUGCUCUCGUCAACACGACCAGCGAUGCGCUCACGCAGAUGGCGACAGUGCAUUCGGCGGAUGAGAUUACGUUUGUGAAGAGAGUGCUGGAUGCGAUGUUCGACACCAACAAUACGCAGCGAGCGGAGGUUAUGGCUAUUUCGUCUAUGCAGGCGCUCAAACUCGCGAAGGACGCCAACCGGAGGGAGUCUGGCAAUACUCAGGCGCAGAAUGCUGGACUGACGAUGAGCCAGGCGGAGAAGGUGCUGCAAAGUAUGGUGGACGAAGGAUGGUUCGAGCUGUCUACGCAAGGGUUUUACACGCUCACACCACGUGCGCUGCUGGAGUUGAGAGGAUGGUUGAUGGACACGUACAAUGACCAGCCAGCGGAGGACGACGAGGAUGAGGAGGAGGUGCAUGAAAAGAUCAAGUUCUGCCAGGCUUGCAAAGAGAUUGUUACGCAGGGUGAGCGGUGUCCGAAGCUGGCGUGUCUGGCGAGGUUACAUGCGCAUUGCGUGAGAAGCAUGUUUAGAGCACAGGGCAACAGGGAGGAGUGUCCUGUUUGCAAGACUGCAUGGGUUGAUGCGCCGCCGGUGGGUGAGAAGGCUGCGAGGAACGCGAGAAGAUCUACGGGUGGUACUGGUGGUAGGAGGUCGAAUAGGAUGCGCAGGGAUGCUGCUGCGGAUGAGGAUAGCGAUGCAAGUGGAGGUGGUGGUGAGUGA